AGAAAAAUAAAGAUUGAAGAACAAGAAAACUAUUGAAGUGGUAAAAUGGAUCGUCUAAAUGAUAUCUUGGGACCACACAUUCGAGCCAGUAAAACUAAAUUGUCGUACGUGGAUGAAUUAUUUCCUGAUCUUAAAGAUAAUCCGUACAUUAUCCUUCAUAAAAAUGUUCCUGGCGUAUGGCACCUCUUGGACCACGAAAAGAAAGAAGGAAGCUUCAACGAGCAUUCAAUAAGACAUGAUGUAAGUGGUUCGCCUUUGGAGUAUUCAUUUGGUAAUUGUGAAUUCGAUAACUCUGUUGUCUUAACAAAACAGAAUUGGCGAAAAGAAGAAGAGUCAUAUUUACCAUUGAACAGAAUGGAUGCAAGUAAUGCAGUGAAUAUAUGUCUUGAACAUCUUGAUACUAAUGCUUUGCCAAUACUAGCUCUCUGUGAUGGAAAAGAUCCUAAGCAGAGCAGGCUUAUUGGUACCAUGGUUUCCCAAGAUUGGUUUACCACACUAGAAGCUGUUUCGACUGAUACGACAAGUCUGGCUACAGUAAAGAACAAACGUCACAAAGCUAUACAGGAACAUCUUAAACAUCCAUUUACACAAGAACAUAAUAUUAAAAUAUCUUUGUUCAGUGCUCUUGACUUGUUUGGGAUGAAACAAGAAACAAUUGAUUGGGAUAAGACUACCAAAAGUGAUUUCGAAGGAAGCAUUAACAUUGAAAUGCAUUCAAGUAGCUUAGAUUCAAAACCGUCAAAAAUUACUUUGAUAGCUCAAAUAAAUGCCGAAUGGAAGAAUAGCCUAUUAAAAGAACUGAGAGAUCAAUUAUUUUUAUUAAGCCAGUAUUUAUCAACAAUAGAUGAGUGUAAGAAAAAUCUUGGACUGCAACACUCAACAAUAUUUACAACAUUAUAUUUAGAAGAACACGACAUCAUAAAUGAAAAAUUAAAUCUUUUGCUGAAUGGAGAUUUCAGUUUUCAGAAGUCUGAUAAUAGCAAUGUUAAGGAAAACAAUCACAUCAACAAGGAAAAUUUUGAAAUUGAUGCAAAGCUGCGGGAACGUGUGCAAAAUAUUUUUUUGAGACAUGAUGCAGAUUUCACUGAUUUCUUAUGGGAAAUACUUAUAAAGGCUUCAACAUAUCCACAAAUGAUAAACUAUAUAGAAAUAGUUUUGAAGGAAAUUAUCGAACAUAAAUUUAGACCGCAGAUCAAUGACACAAAUUUAACAAGAUUUGUGAAAUGUAUUUCCAAUCUGCAUCAUCAAGAAACAAUAUCUCAUUUAUUAGUGGGAAGUGUACCAUUAGAACUUGUUGUAGAUAUGGGAUUUGAGAAGCUUAUUCGAGAUUAUUUACAUAUCUUAAGAGGAGCGCGAUUUAUCAAUCUACACGAUAUUCGACAAAAACUAAAUAAUAUAUCUUCCGGAAUUUUUAAUACAGAGAAUUACAGGAAUAAGUUGAUAAUAUUAGCACAAAUGCAUAUCUGUCUGGAAUGUAUGUUACUUAUUGAAACACAUCUGGAAUGUCCAAUUGAAAAUUUGCAAAGUCUGUUUGCUUACGUUUGCAAAGAAUUUGUAUCUGAACAGUCUCCUUUGCAGCAUUAUUCUGAUCUUUGUAGUCGAAUUUUUACUUUUACGGUGCUUUUACCCAACUCGUUAGCUAAUGAGUUAAGCAAAAUGAAUCCCUCUAUAUGGAGAGCUUCUGUUUCGUCUCAUUCUGCCACGUCGAUACUGACUACUACUACCUAUUACAACAAACUGCCUAUUUUUCCAACAAAUAUAUAUUCUACUGACAAUGUAGAUGUACAAGAAGAAAUAGUCUAUGGCAUAAGCGCUAUAUCAUCAUCGGCAAAGUAUAAAAAACUGUGA